UAUGACUUUAUGAGUGAAUGGGAUGACAUUCAUUUGGUUCACGACAAAAGAUUAGACACAAAAACUUUAGACGAUUUGAUAAAAGGUCUGAAAGGAGUGACCGGUUCUGGAGUCGUAGCGACGACUGUAACCACUUAUAGGCUUGAAAUCAAUGACUAUGAAUUUGAGGGAGAAUCACGCGAAUUGUCGCAUAAAAAUGGUUUCAAUACGAGUCAAGUGUUGGAUAUGAUUACAAAUGACGAGUCAAUGAAAUACUUUGUAGUGAUCGGCGGCAGUCAAACAAUUGAGGAGUUUAUAACUGCCGCACAUCAAAGGGCACUAAUACUUGAGCCAAGGAAAUGGAUUGUAAUCAUCGCAGAGCCCAUUCCCGACACUUCCCACUUCUGGAGACGAAUGAAUCCCAUCUUCAGUGUGACUGAUGUGGCGAUUGUUAAGAGAGAGAUAUCGGUCUAUAGUAAGUGCAGUGAAUUGAAAGAGGGCUGUCAGAUGAGACUGGCCUUUGAAACCCUACGCAAUGCCAUCAGGAAAGUGAUUGAACUCCCAUUUUAUGACUUCAAUGACACCAAACAAGUGAAGGCACAGACGAAGAACAGAGUGAUCGCUGAAAUGAAACUGGAAUUGGGAAAUGAGAGGUCAAUGUCUCAAUAUUGUGGAAAUUGCGACCGAUUUGUCAUUCAAUCCAUUUAUAAGCAUAGAAUUGGUUCAGAAAAUGAGGAUAAAAACGCUUUCAACGAAGUUGAAGAUAAUCCAGAAUUUAAGGUUUUAGUGGAAAACACUGCUAUUUGGUCACCAUUUAAAGGACUGUUAGAUCAGGGAAAGGUAUUGGGGUAUGAAGAAGGUAAUCUCAAGAACAGAGACGUUGUAGUGGGAAUUGUCAAUCAACCCCCAUUAGUGAACAUAAGGCAACCGUAUCAAAAUGAAUCCGAUAUCAACGGGACCACAUAUCAUAUGGUUAAGAUUUUGUCAACAAAAAUGAAUUUCACGAUUAAAUGGGAAGUGGACUCAACCACUACUUUGGGACGAUUCAAUAAGGAGAAGAAGGAAUGGACCGGGAUGAUUGGAAAACUACUCAACAAUAAAGUGGAAAUCGCAGCCAAUGGCUAUUGGAGAACAGUUGACCGCAUGGAUGCCGUUGACUUCACGUUCCCAUUUGACAAGGAGGAGAUGUCCAUGAUGAUCCAAAAAACCAGUGAAGAUCAUAAAUACCUGUUCCUCACACCUUUCACAUGGGAUGCCUGGGUCAGUUUGUUCAAGCUGUCCAACUGUACCUGGUACUGUUUUGGAGCAAUGGUACAACAGGGUGGCGACCACUUACCACUCGCCAUAUCGGGUCGAAUUUUAGUGACAUUUUGGUGGCUCUUUGUGAUCGUUACGGUCACCACUUAUAGUGGAAAUCUUGUGGCUCUCCUCACAUUCCCUAAGAUUAUACAUCCGAUUGAGAAUCUCGAAGACUUGUUGUCAUAUAAAGGAUCCAUGAAAUGGGGUACCGAUAAGGGCGGUGCUAUGCACGAGUUAAUAGAGGGGGCGACUCACGGCCCCCUCAAACAGUUGGCCUCUAAUAUGGAGUUCUUUGAGAAGAGAGAUAAAGAUCUCUACCGAAGAGUAAAGGACAGAGAACUGGCAUUCUUGGCCAGUGAUUCAGAGGUCCGGUAUCUCAUUACUCUCGACUACAACGACACCAAAACCUGUGAAAUGAUGAUCGCGAAGGAGCCGGUGUUCACCAGUUCUGUGUCUUUUGUAAUCAGAAAGGCACAGCCAAAGGAAUCGGACGAAUGGCUAAAUCAGGACUUGUUAUUCAGUGGAAUAAUAAAUAUGAAGUCAAGGGGAAUGACUGCUUGUAUCCACUCGUCGGUAGUGAGGGCCGGAGACGUGAAGAAGAUAGGAAUGGCUCAUAUGAUUGGCUGCUUCUUUAUACUGGGGAUCGGCUUACUAUUUGGUUUGGGGUCUCUAUUCGGGGAGAUGUUUAAGAGCAAUAAGAGGAUCAAGUUGACUGCCGGUGCCAUUCAGUUCACAGGCAAACAGCAAUUAAACAAAUGGGAUAAAUUGAAGCUCUUCUACCAAAAGGUGAAUCAGGGCUCUCUGUACAGCUCGUGGAUCAACACAACUAAUAGUUUGGUGGCAACUAAUGCCAGGAAUCCAACUAAAUUGCAGUUUAAUUAUCCCAACAUUAAGGCCGAGGAUGGAAGAGCCCUACCCGCCGGUUGGGGCGAUCCUAACAGAGCCCGUAAUUUCAAUCCCCAGUUGGGCGCCAACCAGAAGAGAGCGCCGUCCGUCUUCGGUAAUAAAGACCAACAAACCACUUACAACUCGAAAGACAACUAUAAUUACUUCAGUUACGAUCCCAUCAAAUCCAACUACAAGAAUAACUUUGGGGUUCAAUGAGAAGUGUCUCUCAAUGUCUAACACAAAUGGUGCACAACUUCUUUGCACAACUGCUCAACACAACCACAAAAACAAAUCCGAAAUUUCUUAUUCAAAAAAGUUUUCUAACUUUUGUGCAAAUAAUAAUAAUAUAUUUUUAUGUCUAAUUGGAA